AUGGCACGACGAAAAGACACCGGGCUGGAAAGUCGGGCUGAUACCUCCAAAGAGAAAACGGAGGGCCCGGCGACGAAGGCUCGACCAACAGUUAGGGACGAUACAGCUAGGAAGACACCGGAAGUUCAAACUUCCAAUGUUGAUUGUGUGCAGGAGGCACUUGACUAUAUGGAUGACUUGCUGGGCAUCCUUACACAAUAUGAGAUACCUAAGAAACCAUCUAAGUGUAUCAAGGAGCUUUUUUUUAAAGUACUUAAUGAAGUUUCUACUAAAAACCAGGUAAUAGCAAGACUGGAAGGACAGCUAGAGCAGACAGCGAACAUAGAAGACUUCAUAAGAGGAGUCGUAGCCACAGAGAAGCCCACCUACGCCAGCAUGGCCAAAAGGGGCAGAUCAAUUUCCAAAGCGCGUUACAGAAGCAGGCAAAGAAAGAAUCCUGAGCACGUCACGAUCGUCUAUCCUAAAAAGGAGAUGACAUCAGAACAGGUGAAGGAGAAGGUUACCAGAUACGUAGAUCCCGCACAGAUAAAAGUCGGAAUCAAAGCAGUCAAGAAGGUGAACAAAGGCGGCGUCCUCAUCCAAGUAAACGAGAAGGAAGAACUGGAAUUACUCGAGGAAGCGAUCCGAGAAAACAAGAAGCUGAAGGAUAUAGUUGAAACCAAGAGACCACAGAAGAUCAAGCCGAAAAUUAUCAUUUACAACGUUGAUAAAGACAUUGAAAAAGCAGACCUGAUAGACAAGAUAAAGACACAGAAUCCAGUCCUAGAAGACGCAGAACUGGAGAUCCUGUUCCCCAUGAAUGGCAGAUACGGAACCAAUUGGGUCCUCUCCAUUGACCCAAUCAGGUUCAAAGAAGUCAUGAAACAAAGGAAGAUCAAUAUCCAGUGGACGAGAAAUAGCGUCAGAGAAUACAUUAGAGUAUCUCAAUGCGCCAAAUGUCUCAGAUUCAACCACUCGGCCAAAAAUUGUACGGCCAAAAUCAGAUGCACCAAAUGCGGUUCAGAGGACCACCAGGAAAGACUGCAAGGCUAAUAAAGCGAAAUGCGUAAAUUGUUCGCAAUCAAAUGACAAAUACAAUACAGAAUACCUCACAGAUCAUGGCAGUAGAGAAACUGGUUGUGCAUGCUACCAAAAGGAAUUACAAAAACUAAAACAAAGAAUAGACUAUGGUUA